AUGCCUCCGGCUCGGCAUGGUGCUGUAACCCCACGGGCAGCCUGUGGCGAGGGGGAUAGGGCAGCAGUGCCAGGGAGCCCCGGGGCCGCGGCUCCGCCAGUCCUGUCCCCGGCGCACAUGCGACGUCACGUAGCCGCUCUCCAACACGCGCCGCGGAGCGCCGUUGGCUGCGCCAUCGCCGACGCUAGUGGUUGGUUAGAGGCGGCGGGAGCUGUUCGCUUCCAUUGGCUGGAGGCCGGCUUGGGGCGGGGUCACAGCGGCGGUUAUGGUGAGGUGCUGGCGGCCGAGGUCGUGGCGGUCCUGACCGAAGCCAUGGCGACGCUGCGAGACAUCUGGGAGGAGAUCGGAAUCCCGGAGGAGCAACGCCUGGAGCGUACCCGUGCGGCCAAAAAGCACAUCCAGGAGCUUCUGGUCAAGAUGGUGGAAGAGGAGGAGAGCCUGAAGGAGCGUCUUCUGGCGAGCAUUGAGCUGUGUCAGCAGAAGCUUCACAGUCUCUGCAAGGACCUGCAGCUGGAGCCCUUUGAGAGAGAGGAGGAAGGAACCAUUCUGGAGAGAGAGAAGAGCCUGCGGACACGUGUGGAAGUGCUGCUGAAGCAGAGGAGGGACAGGAAGGAGGAGCUAAAGAACCUGCAAGAGCAGGAGCAAGACCUGUGUGACAUCCUCUGCACCACUCCAUUCUCCAUCGAUGCCAAGGCUGUGCCCAGCCUGGAGGAGCUGGAUCGCUAUCGGUGUCACUUGGCCUCCCUGGCUGCUGAGAAGGAGCAAAGGCAGGAAGAGUUUGUCCACAGCAGGAAGCAAAUCAUCCUCCUGAUGGAGGAGCUGGACCACACUCCAGACACCAGCUUUGAGCAGGAUGUGGUGGAUGAGGAUGUGGAAGCCUUUUGCUUGUCCACAGAAAACCUUGCUGCCCUCCAGGAGCUGCUGUGCCAGCUGGAAGCUCGGCGGGCGCUGAACGAAGCUGCGUGUGCAGAGCUGCGCUCCAGGAUCCAGACGCUCUGGGAACGGCUGCAGGUCCCCGUGGAGGAGAGAGAGUCCUCUGCAGUGCACAUGCCUGGGUGCAGAGCCAGGACCAGGGAAGCUCUGCAGUUGGAAGUGGAGCAUCUGGAGGAGCUGAAGCUGCAGAACAUGAAGGCUGUGAUUCAGGCAGCCCGGGCAGAGCUGGCUGACUACUGGGACAGAUGUUGCUACAGCCAGGAGCAGAGGGAGGCCUUCAGGCCCUACUACGAUGAGGACUACACAGAGACCCUGCUUGAGCUCCAUGACACGGAGGUGGUGAAGAUGAAGAACGAUUAUGAAGCACACAAGGAUCUGUUUGAGGCUGUCCAGAAAUGGGAGCAGAACUGGAAGCUGUUCCUGGAGCUGGAGAGGAAGGCAACUGACCCCAGCCGCUUCACCAACCGUGGGGGGAGCCUGCUGAAGGAGGAGAAGCAGCGAGCAAAGCUGCAGAAGGUGCUUUCAAAGCUCCAGGAUGAGCUGGAGAAGAAGAUCCAGGCCUGGCAGCAGGAGCACCAGGCUGUUUUCCUGGUGAAGGGGCAGCAGUUCAUGGAGCAUGUGAAGGAGCAGUGGCAGCUGUACCAGCAGGAGAAAGAGAAGGAGAAGCAGGAGAGGCAGCUGAAGAGGAGCCGUGAGACUGAGGUGGAGAUGAUGUUCGGCAGCACCCCCCGGACGCCCAGCAAGCGCCGGGUGCUCGGCCCACACACACCUGGCCAAGUAAGGAAGCUCAAUGGCACCUCCAUCUGCACGCCCAACAGCACCGUUCGCUCUGUUUUCGGGCAAACCUGCUGCCACUCACCCCUGUCACGGCUGCCACCUUCUGCAGGGAAGCUCCGGCCACCUCGGACCCCUGGCCCCAUGACCCCGAAGACCCCCAGGCCUGGCUACAGGGAGCAGAACAAGGAGAACGUGGCCCAGCAGCACGGAACCACCCUGAGCGGUGGGUGCACCCCCACAGCCCCUGCCCAGCAUAGCCUCGGCAUUAACUCUGUUCCCAGCACCUAUUCUGCCUUUGCGCGUGAACUUUCCAAGGCAUCAAAGUCGGACAGCAUCCUCAACUCCACUGCCACCACUGCCUUCUGCCACGAGGCAGGAGAUCUCUACAUGUGGGGCUGGAACGAGUCUGGCCAGCUGGCACUGCCCUGCAAAGCACUGGCAGAAGAGCAGGCACAGGCCAAGGACACAGGUGCAGGGCACGCUGAGGUGGCACCGUGCCAGGAGCAGCCGGGGGCCGAGGCUGCCUUCAUCUCCAUCCAGGCCUUCCCGGCCCUGCUGGAUCUGCCCCAGCAGCUGGAGGUCAGCAGGGUCAGCUGUGGGUCCCGGCACACAGCUGCUGUCACACGGAUGGGGCAGGCAGCCUGGCAGGAGGAUCGGGUCGGGUUUAGCCCACCCCCCCUCCCCCCCAUGGUGAACAGGGCUCAGAGCCGGGAGUAG